AUUUAAAGAGUAGAGUCGUUUUGGUAUAGUUAUAAAAAGAACAUAAAUCCAUUUUCGAGAGCACCUGUAGACGCUUGGGGGGAAUGUGCGUAAACAAUUCACGGAGGACUAAUUCAGGAUAGAUGCAACAUUUUCAUCAGAGGACAAAUACGAAUCGAAGGUUUUGAUAUUUUGAUUUUUUGGGGUGGUGACACAUUGCUGAACAUGUUUUUUGAAGCGGAGGGUGGCGUUCUGCCUUUUGGAGGUGUGUCUCUGGACUUUUUAUAAUAAAAUACCUUCUUCCUACAAUAGAUUUUUAUGUGCAAACACAAUUGAGAGAGGGGUGAAUGCACAAUGACGGGGAAAUACUUUCUCCUUGGUUACUUGUUGGUCAAACUUAUGGUGCUUGUUUGCAAAGCGGACGGAGAGCCCGGUCAACCCGGAGGUUUCAUCAUGAUAGCGACGUCCAACGGAUCCAGAGAGGACGAGAUGGUGACACCUGACACUCCACACACAGAGGACGAGUGUAUGGGCUAUUACGAUGUCAUGGGUCAGUGGGAUCCGCCGUUUACGUGCAGCACGGGUGAUUACCUGUACUGCUGCGGCACUUGUGGCUUCCGUUAUUGCUGUAUGUACAGGAGAUCGCGACUGGAUCAGAGCACUUGUAAAAACAACCGCACCAUGGAGUGGAUGAAAACAAUGAACACUCCAAAGAAAAAGAAAGACCCUCUACACGACCCCACCAAAGAUAAAACGAACAUGGUUGUGUACGUCAUCUGUGGAGUAGUGGCCAUUAUGGCUCUUGUUGGGAUAUUCACAAAACUGGGCCUAGAGAAGGCGCAUCGUCCGCAGAGAGAGAACAUGUCCAGGGCUGUUGCAAGCGUGCUCCAGGGUGGAUGUCCAGGAGGUCAGUUUCAGGGGGAGGACGCCCUCGGUAUUCACGCACAGCACUAUGACGCCAGGGCCAACAACCAGGGGGGUCAGAUCAACAACAAUGUGGCUCCAGGAUCCACCCUUGGGGGGGUGCACCCCUACCCUGCCUUGGCCCAGUUGGCACAUGUCUAUGAACAGAAACAGCAGGGCAAGGAGCUCAGCAAGUACGCCUCCCUCAAGGCUGUAGCUGCCAAGGCUGAUGGUGACUACUACAGCAAAAGGCGGUUGAUGGUGGAACUUCCGUCUAAGGGACUUCCUCUUCAGCCUCUGCAGACAAUGAGAACCAUGAACAGUACCAUGAGCUCAAACAUAGCCUCUAACAUGGGCUCUAACAUGGGCUCCAACAUGGGCUCCAACAUGGCCUCUAACAUGGGCUCCAACAUGGCCUCUAACAUGGGCUCUAACAUGGGCUCCAACAUGGGCUCCAACAUGGGCUCCAACAUGGGCUCUAACAUGGGCUCCAAUAUGGGCUCUAACAUGGGCUCCAACAUGGGCUCUAACAUGGGCUCCAACAUGGGCUCUAACAUGGGCUCCAAUAUGGCCUCUAACAUGGGCUCUAACAUGAGCUCUGCUAUGACUUCCCACGGACCUCUGAGCCCAGAGCCUGUGGCCACCUAUGUGACCGAGAUGCCCUCUGCCACCAUCAUCUCAUCCACCCUGCCCUCCAUGCACUCCUCCUCCUCCGCCCCCAAGCCGAACGGACAGAAGCCCAAAGGAGGAGGCCAUGGAGGACACAGUAGAGGGCCAGUCUUCAUGGGCAUGACUGGGCCAGGAACCAUGUCUGGUACCAUGUCUGGUACCAUGUCUGGUACCAUGUCUGGUACCAUGUCUGGUGCCAUGUCUGGUGCCAUGUCCAAUGCCAUGUCUGGUACCAUGUCCAAUGCCAUGUCUGGUACCAUGUCUGGCACAUUAUCUGGUGCUAUGACAGGGAGGAUGGUCGAUGGGUCUGGUGCUGGAAGCCACCACCAUCGGGUUUCUUAUAGCUCCAACACCUUGGGUGGGCCGAGUCAUGGUCAUGGUCAGGGUCAGGGACUGGUUCUGGGUCUGAAAGGCUGGGACGGAACAGAGACAGUGGGGCGGAGGAAGGCCUAUGGGCCCCGGAGGGGGGGCCCUUGCACGGUGGAGCAGGUGAACGAGCUGGGGGCCUCACGAAACCACAGCCACAGUCAGCACUUUCUGCCCACUCAGCCCUACUUUGUCACCAACAGCAAGACUGAGGUGACUGUGUGAGAGAAGAAGGUGGAUGGCAGGUGGAGAGGUAGGAACUCGAGGUGGUCCAAAACCGUCUUACUUUUAUGAGAACAAAGAGAAGUAAAGAGUGUAGGAACAGAGGGACGUUUGUUGGUGUUUAUCAAUUCUACCCUAGUGAGAGGAGAGGGGUAGAGGAGUACUGGACGUGCGUGUGGUGAUCAAAAGCAAAUCAACCCUGAUGUCAAGAGAGUAGCUUUUCCAAUUCAGAGGUAUAUUUAGUAUACUAUAUAUAUAUAGUAUAUUUGUAAAAACACCAGUUCUUGGGUCUUGGGCCAGGGACGGAUUGGAAAUAAUGUGGAGGUGUUAAUGCAUGUUGUUAUAGUGACAGUUGUCACAACAAUGAAUAGGGUAGUGAUUGAAAAACUGUCAGCGUCGAUCAAAAUAUUAAAUGCAUUGCCCAUGCUUGUGUCAUGAUAUUGAGUGCCAUUCUACAGCUGAUAUCUCCAGAGGAAUCAUAAACACAGCUGACAAACAGUGAAGACAAUGGGACUGAGAUUUCCAUGGAUGGACUCCUAUAGUAUCUGACAAGCAAUAUACGAGAUUAAAGAACAUAAUUGACAACUGUGGGAUAUAAAUACAAUUAUUGCAUUCACUGCAAAGUGUUUCUGUGACUCAAACCACCCAGUGGUGAGUAUGUGUUGGAAGUACAGCAGUCAAACACAAUGCAGCACAUCGUACUCAGAUGAAGCACUCAAGGGAAGGACACAGUUUACAGUAUUGAGACUAACCCCUAAAGGGACACUGUUUUUAAAACUGUUAUCCAAAACUGGGUCUGGACUUGUUGUCAGACUGGGCUGUGUUCUGCUGCAGUGGAGUCUGGCCUGGACCAACCCUCAGACCUCUACUGUCCUACAGACCCUGUGCUACAGACCCUGUGCUACAGACCCUGGGCUACAGACCCUGUGCUACAGACCCUGUCCUACAGACCCUGUGCUACAGAUCGUGCUACAGACCCUGUGCUACAGACCCUGUGCUACAGAUCGUGCUACAGACCCUGUGCUACAGACCCUGUGCUACAGACCCUGUCCUACAGACCCUGUGCUACACAUCAUGUGCUACAGACCCUGUGCUACACAUCAUGUGCUACAGACCCUGUGCUACACAUCAUGUGCUACAGAUUG